GAUGUACGCUAGAAGGGAGUUGAUCAGACAAUGAUGACUGUACGUAGUGUAGAUAUGCCAAAUGCAGUGUGACAGUUCUUACCGUACAUGGUCGGUGCAUUAACAGACUUGGUCGUCACUGCAGAUCUUGGUUUUGUGGAGGACACGCCGUUUUUGCAGAGGAUCCUUUACUUGUGGAUCUCGUCGUUUCUCGCGAGACUGAACUACUACUGGCUCUGGUCACUCAGUGAGGGGCUGUGUAACGCUGCCGGCCUGGGGUUCUGCAGACAGGACGCUAGGGGGCGCUGGGAUGCCCUUUCAGACUAUUCUUUCUUCACAUUGGAGUUGUCAACGAAUAUGGCUAAUUUCACCCGGAACUGGAACAAAACCACUUCCGCUUGGCUGAAAAGGUUGGUGUACUACCGUUUUUCACACAUGCGCACUGUGCUGACUUUCCUGGUGUCGGCCUUGUGGCACGGGCCACAUCCGGGCAUCUUCAUCGGCUUCAGCGUAUGGACUGCAGUUGUCAUUGCAGACAGAAAGGUGGCUAAGCUUGCUGUGCAUGAACGCCUUCCAUCCGCAGCGUGGCGCUUCUUGCACAUGUGCAUGUCAUGGCUGACUACACAGUUGGCCGUCGGCUUCAUCUUAACUACAAUCCAUCUCCAGAGCAUGGGGCCCAUUCUCGUUUUCUGGAGAUCAGAAAUGGUGAAGGAGAGGGAACUUUUUACAACAUUUUGUUUCUUGACCUUUCCCGACCUGGGGCGAUGACCUCUCAAC